GCGGGCGCCCUCGGCCGUGCGCGGGCGGGCGGGCUGCGGACGGCGGAGCGCCCAUGGCGGAGGGCGGCGGUCCCGGCGGGCGGGCCGGGCCGGGGCCCGCAGGUCCUAAUCUGAAGGAGUGGCUGAGGGAGCAGUUCUGUGACCAUCCCCUGGAGCACUGUGAGGACACGCGGCUCCAUGACGCAGCCUACGUGGGGGACCUGCAGACCCUCAGGAGCCUGUUGCAGGAGGAGAGCUACCGGAGGACGCCGCCUUCCACGAGAGGAGGCAGCUUGGAGGUUCCGGCCGCCCCUCCCAGCCUGGCUCCCUGUGUUCUUUCUCAGCCGCAUCAACGAGAAGUCUGUCUGGUGCUGUGGCUGGCUGCCCUGCACACCCCUGCGGAUCGCGGCCACUGCGGGCCACGGGAACUGUGUGCACUUCCUUAUCCGGAAGGGGGCGGAGGUGGACCUGGUGGAUGUGAAGGGGCAGACCGCCCUGUACGUGGCCGUGGUGAAUGGACACCUGGAGAGUGCCCAGAUCCUGCUGGAGGCUGGCGCCGACCCCAACGGAAGCCGGCACCAUCGCAGCACGCCCGUGUACCACGCCUCUCGGGUGGGCAGGGCCGACAUCCUGAAGGCCCUCAUCAGGUACGGGGCUGACGUCGACGUCAACCACCACUUGACUCCCGACAUCCGGCCCCCUUUCUCCCGGCGCCUCACCUCCUUGGUGGUCUGCCCCUUGUACAUCAGCGCGGCCUACCACAACCUCCAGUGCUUCAAGCUGCUCCUCCAGGCUGGGGCGAACCCCGACUUCAACUGCAACGGUCCUGUCAACACGCAGGGCUUCUACAGGGGCUCCCCUGGCUGUGUCAUGGAUGCUGUCCUGCGUCACGGCUGCGAGGUGGCCUUUGUGAGCCUGCUCGUAGAGUUUGGAGCCAACCUGAGCCUGGUGAAGUGGGAAUCCUUGGGUCCGGAGUCGAGAGGCAGAAGGAAGGUGGACCCCGAGGCACUGCAGGUCUUCCGAGAAGCCAGAAGUGUCCCCAGGACCUUGCUGAAUCUGUGCCGUGUGGCUGUGAGAAGAGCUCUUGGCAAAUACCGACUCCAUGUGAUUCCCUCGCUGCCUCUGCCGGACCCCAUAAAAAAGUUUCUGCUCUAUGAGUAGAAUUCAAGUGCAGGGGUCGAUUGCAGUGAGGAGGAAGGUGGCCUGCGGGAGGCGACACCAGUCCUUGGCUCAUGAACCACUUCCUGUCGCUGCUGCUGAGACCCAUUUGGCUGUCGGUAGAGCAGAGACAGCCUUGUUCUCAUGGCUUGUGAUUCCAUCUGGGGGGCUGUGGCAUCUCACAGUCCUUGUCAUUGGCAGCCAAGAGGCUUCUACAAAGCUUCUGUUUGCUCUUCCUCAGUUUCUCUGUUUUGGAUUUUCAUAGUUGCAUAUUAAUGAAAAGGGCCUUGAAGUAUGUGCAGGUAUGGGCUGAGGGUGGAGGCUGCCUCCAUUCCCGGGGUGGGGCGGGGGACGACUAGCACUUUCCAGAACAGUGCUUCGGUGUGUUUACUUCUUUAUUUCAUCGCUGGAUCAAAGCCUCCUAACACCUGAGUGAGCAGGGAGUUUUGGUAAAAGAGUGGGGGACAGAAGUGCAGUUCUCGAAUGUGCUGGCUGGUUUUCCUGCUCCUGGGGUUGGCGUGUGGCGUUUAUCCUGCACACACCCUCCCCUGCCGCUUUGGUGUCCUCUUGUGCCGGGACUGUCAUGUGAAUUGUCUUUGUUCAAAGAUGGUUUCCUGGCCACACGGAUGGUCUGUUUUCUCAAGAGUCAGUGUCUGCAUUUGUUCUAAAUCCACCACUCCCAGCUCCCCAGUGCUGAGCCAGCUAACUGUGCCUAGCAUCAUGCCAGCCCGUCUCAGGAGUCUCUGCUGUUUCACUCUGGGAGGCUUCCAGACAGCAACUGACUGUGGAUGCCAACACUGAAGAACCAGCCAGUAAGUGACGCGUGCGUUUGGACCAAGGAUUGCCCCAACAGCAUUCACUGCCAGUUCUAACAGAGGAAAAUAACCUGCAGUGCCAUCUUCUGGGUCCUGCACAUGCCAGAAAGGGGGAAGUUCAGUCGCCUUCUGGAUGGUUCCAAGCUUUAAGUUGCUUGGUGUCCAGUGGACAGAACAUCUGGUGGCUGGUUGAUGGCUUGUCACUUUUUUGGACCUAAUAUCUUGGUAGUUGCUCUAAAGCCUGAGAAAGGGGCCAGCAGCAAGGUCAGAUGCCCUCCCCUGGCCUGCCAGGCAGUGGUGGACAAGUGGGGAGCUGGGUCACCGUCCUGAUGUCUGGCUGUGGCCAGGGCUCACCCACACCUGGGCUGUGCAGCUGGGUGGGCGCUGUGUCAGCAGAGUGAGGCAGUGGGCCAGUGGGCAUGGCAGGUGUGCUGUUUCCAGGGAAACCACACUUGUAAUUUGAAGCCUGAGGACCAUUAUUGGAUCUCGUGAUUGUAACUUGAGAAGUGUUUAGAAACACACAGAUUCCAAAUCUAUGUUUAGGUUUUCUGUAAUAAGAGAAAUCUAACUUGUAACAAUUGAACUAAUGAUAGCUGUUUAUUUAAUUAUUAACAUCAUUGUGUGUGUUCAUGUAGCAGACAGGCAGGGCUUAAUCAUUGUUGGCAUAACCUGAGGACAGACUUCUGAAGCCACCUCGGGUGUUGCGGAUGGGCUGUGGGAAACCAUGCACCCAGGGGGCUGAGGAGAAAAUUCCCUGAUGACCAGCGGGAGGCACAGCCACUGACCGGGGGCUUCACUCAACGGAAGGGAUGUGGCUGGCCACACGCUGUGACUGGGGCGUGAAGGGGGCAUGGCUUUCUGAGGCCUGAGCCCGGGCUGAGCUACUCCUAAAGCACCAGGAGCCUAGUUGUCUGGGUGCAUUUGGAGCUUGGGGUUGGUUGUUUCAAGUCAGGAGAGUCUUCCUGGCAGAGGAGAGGGACUGCGGGGCUGGUGGUGGCCACUGAGGGCCAUUACAGCCAGCGCCAGGUGCUGCAGGGCUUCAGCGGCAGAGGACCGCGCAUUUUUUUCUGGCACUCAAGGUGGGACCAGGACCAAAAUUGGGCUGUGGCUAGGGCAGGUGGGGCUUGCUGAGACGUAGGGAAGGGUGUAUGGACGUCUGAGCCCCCCAUGGGUGGACUGGGCCUCGGGAGGGGGCUUCCUAGCCCCUGGGGUGUGGAAGCGGGCCUGUUGCCUUCCCGGUAGGCCCAGCUCACCUUCCCUGCUCUUGUAACUGGGGGCUUCUUCCUGCCGCCCUUUGGCUCAGGCUCUCUGUGGGUGAGCUGUGCUGCCGCUCUGAAACGCGCUCUGGGUCUGCCCCCCUGAUUGCCUUCUGCAGGGGCCUCCAAAGGACAGGGCCUCCCAGGAGCUAUGCCUGGGGUAGGAGGGUGGCUCUGCUCUCAGACCUUCUGGAAGUGCUGCCAGUGCAGGGGUCCCACACGUGUGGGCACGGCCUUCAGGCCGCACAGAAGCAAGGGCCCAGCACUGAGUGGGUGUCAAGCUCCUCGCCCAGGGAAGCAAGUGCAGGGUUUGUUCCUGGGGCCUUGACCCAGUUUUCCAGGGUCUCUGCACAAAGGAGGGACUGAGUUGAUCCUCAUAGUUGGGUCUUGUCCAGACGUGGCCAGGGAGGUGGUGUGGCUGGAGAGUGGACGAGUGAGGGAGUAGGGGCUGCCCUGCUCUGCUCCUGGGUUUGCCGUGUGCUCUGGGCCUGGCCGAGGAGGCGAGGGCUUCAGUUCCGCCUGUGCAGAGGACAGGCCGCUUGCUCUCCAUUCAGCCCACUUUUGCUGAUCUGUUCAGAAUCCAGCAGCUCUGAGGUCGACCCUUGAGUUGGAAACAGGGCGCUGGCUGCUUAAGGCCGCGCCUGUCUGGUCCGAGUGGCACUCACCGCACUAAAGCGCCCUUAUUCUUCUGUUGGGUGGCAUAGGGCACAGAAUAGGAAAGAGUGACUCUCCCCAUUGGAGCAGUUUACGGAUCGUGCCUCUGAACCCUGGGGCACGAUCCUUCCCACUCCUAGGGAAGGACACUAUGGGCAGGGGGAACCAGGGGAAGGAGCUGGGGUGUCUGCCAGCUGGGUCCGGGGAGUGCCUGCCUGUGGCCCUUCUGCCACCUGGGGCGCCUGCUGGCUGUUGCUCUGCGUCCUGCACUCUGGGCCUUGGCUGGUGUGCUCAGGUGGGCUGGGGUCAGUCUGGGGCCGGCGGCAGCAUUGGUGCCUCUGAGAAUCCAGCUCUGGCAUCCUGGGUGGGUGUCUUGAAUAUAUUCCCAAACCUUUCAAUGCCAUACACACCUGUGCCUUUUCAUAGCGCUUGUUAUUUGUAUAUUUAUUUAUUCAUGCUCUGCCUUGUUCCAGAAAAGGGUAUGGGGCAGCGAAUACUUGGAUAUUGGUGUUCUGCUUUGACAUGUGGUAAGUUUUGGUCAGCAUGCCCUUGUUAGAUAAUUUUAAAGAGAAAGGGCAAUUAGCAGUUUCCUAAUGUUGACUGUGUUUCUGUUUUCAGGCUUAUGUGCCAUCAUUUGAAGUUUUCUUUUUCCUUAUUCCAUGAAUCGAUACUGCAAGUAAAAGGUUCAGGUAGAAGUAGAAAGAUGAACACAGGGCAGAGGCAGCCUGGCUCCGCGAGAGGCACCUGCCCGCGCUUGCUGCCUGGAGCGGCGCAGCCGCGGCGCAUCGGUGGGGGCCGCCCUCAGGCGGGUGGGCUUCCGGAGUGCCCUUCCCACAGGGCUCUGUGCGGACACGGGGGAGAGCACAUGUGGAAGCACUCUGUACUUGAGGGGUCUGUGCCUUGUACUCUACUGUCCCUCUUCCCAGGGGAUGCGCGUUUGAGGCAGUGCCAGGGCGGGCAGAGCCUGCCGGCGGGAGUCAUGGAGGCCCGGCUUCUAGGCAUUGGGCACUCAGGGUCAGAAGCAUGAGGACACACACUAAAUAAUUUAUGAAGUCAAGUUUAUUCAACUUAAAGGUCAUCUAUUAGAUUAGGUCCUUCCUAAUUUGGGUGAUUAAAUGUCCUUUUAUGUAAUGAAGGUCAUCAUAGAGGGAAGUAUUUUUAUUUUUUAAAAUGCUCUUAUUUGCCCAAAACAGAAAAGUUGGCUGCCCAUUGUCGAGCCCCAGAAUUUCUUUUUAAGUUUGCCAGCCCCGGAAAUCCCAAAGUCGGGGGACCAGUUUAGCUAUAGUGUGUGUUUAUGUAAUGAUGAGAAAUUCCCCUUGGAUUCGUGGAACAGCCCGCGCGGUGCUGAAGGGUGUGGAAGCGUUCCCGCUCCCUGGUAGCACAAGAACAGACUGAGAUCGCCGUGUGCGGUGUUGGGCGUGCGGCCUUAUGUCCUGGCAGUGCUGGAGCUGAUGGGCAGAGCUGACCUGUGUGCUGAUGGGCCUCUGGCCACCCCUGCAUUCUUGGGGGACACUCCCAGAUAUUUGUGUGGCCUUCUCACUUGAGGAUGGCCUGUACCUCCGGCCCUGGGUUGGUGAAGGCGUUGGAGGCAGGUCUGCUGGCCCUAGGACUGCUCUCCGGGUGCUCAGUGACCAGCCGUGAGGGUCUGGACUCCCCGCCUGCUUAGAUGGCCCUCCCGGAGCUGCCUGGUUUGGCCCUGGUUGUUUCUCUCUGGCUCACUUUGCCUUCCCCCCCCACCCUGCACUACCUGACCCCCUAGGUGUGGAGUGAAAUAGCUGACAAGCACGCAUAGCUGGAGUGGGAUCCUGUCCCAGGAGACUUCCACAGAAAGGACAUGCUGAUUUUGAAGUGCAGUGAUGUGUGGAAUAUAUACUUACCAAGUCUGGCUGGACGGUGGGGUGGAGGUAGGAGGUAGUGUGGAGAGGCGGGGUGACUUCUGCCUUCUGCUCGGUGUCUGGAGUGCCUGGGGGACUCCCUUUCUUUAUGCCGUUUUGAUUUCACAUCUCUUCCAAGUAAAAAUGUGAAAGUGCACAAGCCCGGUUGGAGUGUGGCGGUCAGGGCACAGCUCUGUGUGUGUGUGUGUGAAAUGGGUUUGCUGCUGUGGCUUAGCCAGCAGGGUCCUUGCUCUGCUCCGUGUUCGCACCUCUACAAACUACCUGUUUUGUGUCAGGCAUGAGGGCGACACGCAGCGGGGCCUGCGGCCUGGGGAGAACGCACCGCUGCCCUUCCGCUUCUCCGUCCUGCCUGCUAAUGAAUGUGUUUGCCACACAGCCACUGGGACAAGGAAUGUUUCUGCACUGUGCCUGAGUGAGAGCUUUCCUAAGUGUGAGGGACAGCUUUGAUAGGUCAUUGUAACUUUAAUAAAUGCUUUAUUCCCUUUUAAUCCCCCCCCCCAGAUGCCUUAAUUUUGUGGGCUGUUUAUCUCAGUGAGUAUUAGAAUUGGCUGUAUGUAAUUUUGAUAUACCCAUUUCAGGUGGAAGUGACCCUGGCUCUUUGGAAAGUUCCUAAUGGUUUGGAGAGGACUCAUUUAAACUUGAGCGUCGCCCUAAGUGUCGUAGGGAGGCCCUCCGAGUGUCUCACAGGCUUAAACGGCUGGGUGAGUCUGCUGCUUAGUGGGAUUUCCAGUUUGGAGAGUGUCCCAAAGUGUUUGAAACCCAUAGCUUUCAUGCAAGGUGACGUCCCUGCCGUGCUCUGGGGGGUGGGGAUGUGGUGGAGACUUGUGGGCAAGGCCAUUGGUUCUGGGCCUCUGUUACAUCUUGAUGGUGGGAAGAUGAGGUGUUAAAGCUGUGGGGUGAAACCAGGAAUGAAUAAACUAAAUAAAGACA